CACAUGCUUACAAAGUAGGAACGAAAGCCGUGGGAUCCAGCUGUGGGUUAGGUGGUCUGCGUAGUACCUCUAAGGUGAGCCUGGAUACUUAUGGAGGUGACACUUAUCCGGUAGGGUAGGCGCAGCUUCGUUUGGCAGACGAGUUCGCUGUCGGCGAUAGACCCUCUUCUAGCGCGAAUGAUGUUCGUGAUGAAAUCAACGCUCACGGCUAUGGCGGGCGUGAAGUAGCGCGGAAGUAAAAAGAGUGAAAGAGGUGUUUGGAAACGACCACCAUUCCUUCCUCCGCAUUCUUGCGAAUUUUACCAAGUGAAAAAAAAAUGUCCUCCUCUAUCCCGUCCUGGAUUAGCACUUGCCUUUCUGGGCUUGUGUAUCUCUUUUUCACGAGCACAAACACGUUAGUGACGAAGGCACUGAAAGAGGUCCGAAUACCAAACGAUAACAAUGAUGGUAUUGUUAGUGGUAUCCACAUGCCCACCACGACAACUUCUACACAUAAGUUUUCGCAUGACAUAAUUUUCGUGAACAUUAUGGUUUUUGGUGAAAGCCUUUUGGCAGUAUAUUUCGUCAUCGUCUACUUCAAUUUCACGCCGAACGAAAGGGAGAGGGCGGGCCAAAGUGGAAGCACGGGAUCCCAGCACACCAGUGGAGAUGAACAAGAUGAAGAUCGUCAUUCACAACCUUCACGAGAACAACGUGCCGAACAUGUGCUUAAGGCAGGUGGGAGUGGAACGACGCGUGACAAAAUCCUAGACGACGCGCAAGUAGCUAUUUGUAUCCAUGACGACCAUCCCACGUAUAAUCCGGAGGUUAAACAACUUAACUUCAAGAAGAAUGAGAAGGAGAGGACCACAAGUCUGGAGUUGGCGGAAAUCGUUCAACAUCUAGGGGACACUGAUGCUGAUGAGAGACUUCCAAGAAGCAUGUCUUCUUCUUGUAAGGAAGAUGAGGAGGAUGAGGAGGUCUUGACCACGUCUUUUGAAAGCGAAACCUCAACGUCUUCAUCACAAGAAGAAACACGCAGAUUUUCACAACACAAAGCUGGUGGACGACCUACAAAGAGUCUUCAAGGUGGUUCAUCUUCAACAAGCAGAGCCCGAUCGCCAUUCGAACCUCUUGGGUUGCUUCCUUUUUGUCUGUCGGGACUUCUCGAUUGGGUUUCAUCGUUGUUGCAGGUUGUGGGACAGGGCUAUAUUGCAGCAUCUGCCUAUCAGAUGCUGAAAACAAGUCGCUUACUCUUCGUUUUUUUCUUAAGAGAAUGAAUCUAGUGACAGUAGGUGUCUUUCAUUCUCUAGUGACAGUAGGUGUCUUUUAUUCUCUAGUGACAGUAGGUGUCUUGAAGCUAUCCCAAGAACAGGAGAUGAAAGUAGUGCCAAGAAGAGGUGGCACCUUCUCAGUUGUAUGGAUUUUUAGGUUCGUCUAAUCUUCAUCAGCCUACUGUUCGUCAAGAUGCGCAUCUUUAGCGAGGAUCCUCGCAAAACUUUGACGCCCAGACAAUUGAAGCGGCAACAUUGGGGAUUGGUCCUAGUUUUUCUCGGGGUUUUGAGCGUCAGUUGGGGGACAAUAACUCUGGAAAGCAAGAACAAGAGUACUUCUAGCAAGAUAAAGACUUCUAUAUUACCUGCUCCACCUGCUGAGACAAGUGCGACAAGAAAUACAGGAGCAGUUAUGAGUCAUAAAGCCACAACCGGAGCCGGUGCUGGUGGUGUGACAACUCUUCCGGAAAAUAUUCCUGCUGUAAGUCAGGAAUUGCAGACUGAAGAAGUAGAUGGAUUUGGAACACGAGAAGAAGGUGGAAUAGACUUAGACACUGUAAUACAACCAAAGAUAUUAACAUCUUCAGUAGAUGGUGAAAGGGAAACAAAGCAAGAGGAGCAAGAGGAAGAGCAAGACGCCUCUACUUCCCCCCAAGAAGAGCAGUUUGACUUUGCACGCGCUGCUGAAGUUUUAACAGGAAUUUCGCUGGUGACGGUAGGUGUCUUUUGUUCUGCUCUACGCCUGGCAUUGCAGGAAGCCUUUCUAAAGAAAAACCCUCAUGUACCUCCAACCUUUGCUGUGGGGGUAGAAGGAAUGUUUGGUUUGGUAAUCGGCUUGUUGGUAGUCUUGGUGUUGAACACACCAACUGGAAGAGCUUCUGCGAGUGAGAGUCCAAGCACAACGAGUACUAGUGGCACCGGAGAACAAGAUAUUGCAAGAAGUGCAGAUCAUCAUAUGCCAUCUUCUUCUUCUUCACCAAGUACUUCUAUACGACCUGCUACACCUAGAAGUACUGUAAGUAUGAGUGUUGACACACAGCAUACACCACAAGAACAUCAACUACAGCAGCAACGUCAACACCUUCCAGCAGUGCAUGUCGGACAGUUUUUCCGCGACCUUGGGAAUUCCAAGGGAGCCCAAAUUUUGGUCAUAGCCAUAUUGUUCGUGGCCAUGGGCCACAAUUUCUACGGCGCAGUGUUUGCAAAGAAGACCUCCUCCUCAGCACGGACGAUCUUGGCGUCUGUAGCGACAUUGUUCAUUUUCAAUGUGGAAAACGGUUUUUGUGAGAUGAUAGGCCAAGACUGGGGACUGCCGGAUUUGUCUGUGAAGUACGACUUCUGGAAAGGGCAUUUCUGGUUCCUACUCUUGGGGUACUUGUUGGCCCUAGGCGGGACGGGCGCUUACUUUCAACUCUUUUGAACAACGUUGAAGAUGAAAGUUUUUUCAAAAAAAACAAUAAGCCCUCCAGGUUGUAAGAAUCCGUGUGUGUCUGACUCUGCUCCAACGAAAGCGAUACGUCCAGGUUGAUGUAAGAAUCCUAGGAGCCAACCGCGGGCGUGAGGGAUUUCGAACGGAUUUGGAAAAUUUUUGGUAAGAAAUUCUUAUCGUCCAUGUGCGUCUGACUCUAAUAACUAACAAGUAGGGCUUACACCCGUAAACUCUGCGCAUAUCGUCAUCGUUAUCGUCUGCUUCUGCUUCA